AUGGCGAUGCUGCCGCUGCCGCUGCCGCCCGGGCUGCGCCGCCGCCUGCAGGAGGGGCCGGGGCCGCCCCCGCCGCCCGCCCCGCCGCCACCCCCGCCCCCGCCGCCCGCCCCGCCCUUCGCAUUCACCCCCCGCCGCCUCCGCCUCGGCCUGCACCACCCGCUCCUGGAGGAUGGGGACGUGCACAGACACCUCUACCUGCAGGGUGUCCUCACCAGCCUGGCCGAGGUGGCGGAGAGACCCAAGGUGUCUGAAUUCAGUUGCCACAUCUCAGGGUGCUGCCAGGUCUUUGACACACUGGAGGGCUACGAGCACCACUACAACACGCUGCACAGGAAUGUCUGCUCCUUCUGCAAGCGCUCCUUUCCCUCGGCACAUCUCCUGGAUGUUCACAUCUUGGAGUGGCAUGACUCUCUCUUCCAGAUCAUGGCCGAGAAGCAGAACAUGUACAAGUGUUUGGUAGAAGGCUGUGUGGAGAAAUUCAAGAGCAGCAAGGACAGAAAGGAUCACUUGGUCACUGCUCACCUCUAUCCUGCUGACUUUCGGUUCGAUAGGCCGAGGAAAGUGAAAAGCGGCCCGUGUCAUGUGAGCUCUCCUGCAAAGGAUGGUGCCAGCGUGCCGAUGGACGUGAGUGUGGAGAUGUCGGAGCCAUUCCAAGUGGACCCCAUGGAAACAGGGCCCAGUGAGAACGUGGAGAUCCCUCACCCUCCAGCCAGCCCUGACCCCGCCACGCCAGAGAAACGGUUCUAUAAAUCCAGGAUCCCGUCCACAAUCUGCUUUGGACAAGGUGCCGCGCGAGGAUUCAAGGGACCAAGGAAGAAAGUCUGAAGGUCAGCGCACCGGAUUUGUGCACGAUGCGAAGGUGCCGGCCUCUGCCGCCCGCACUCGUUAGCGAUGGAUUUUUGCAGUUGCGUGCGAGGGUCCCACUCUGCAUGGGGAAGGCAAAGGGGCGAAAAUGGGGUAUUUGCAGCAGCGGUUUGAGAUGUGUCAGUACUUUGGGAGUGUGGAGAGUUUUUGGGCCGUAUGCUGUGAACAAGCCAGGGCUUGGGGUGACUGAGGUGCACUAGGACCGCACGGAAGUAAACAGAAGCUGGUCUGCCCUCGACCCAGGCUGCAGGAGGGGCACUGCCAUCCGCGCUGCCCGUGAAAAGCAUGUGGACAGUGCCCUGCAGUUAAUCACCAUCGUGGUGGGGGGAAGAGUGACUGCAAGUGUAACCAGUCGUAGCCUGUGCUUGCCGCAUGGCCUUUCGGUAUAGAGUAUAUAAGGCUUGGAAAAACGUGGUCUGGCGGACAUUGAUAUGCAGCGUUGUUAAGAGUUCAUUAAAGGGUAUUGAUGUUAAA